UUCAACCAUCUCAUAUCGUGCUUGUCCGAUGAAGCCUUGGGAACCGUUAAGGCGUUCCAAAUGUCAGAUGCCAACUAUCCAAAGGCGUUAGAAAGUUUGAAGAGGGUGUACGACAACAAGUGCUUAAUAUUCUUUGAGACACUUGCCCAGUUGUUUGACAUUCCUGCCGUAACCAAGCCGUCAGCGUCUGCAUUGCGAUCAACUAUAGAUACAGUGUCAGCCAUUCUGGAGUCGCUUUUAUCGUUAGGAGACGAGCGAGAGGUUGCUAACGCCAUGAUAAUACAUCUGCAGCUGAACUACGAUGAGCUCCCUUGCUGGUCGGAUUGUGCAAAAAUGUUGAACCGCCGGUACCAACACCUUUCAGCAGAGGAGUCAUCCAAAGCGAGAGGCAAACCAAAGUUUGACAUGCCGUCGACCAGCAAGAAAACCAGCAGAUCGUCAUUUUCUUGCGCGAGGGCCGAAAAGUCGAUCGACCCCAAGUGUGUAUAUUGCGGCGCCAACCAUUCGAUCGGAAACUGCCAGGGAUUUGGGGCAAUACCCGUCUUGGAGCGUUUCGAGUUCGCAAAAGGCAAGCAAUUAUGCAUUAAUUGCCUCCAAUCUGGACAUAGGGUAUCUCAGUGCACAUCCUCUAAGUGCAGAGUUUGUUCACAGAUGCAUCACACCCUCUUGCAUAGAUACGCAGCUCAGAGCGCAGAUUCAGAAAGUCAGGCAAUAGGAGUACAAGCAUCGUCCCAUCCUGCGCAGGUGAAGCAGGCAUCCAGUGAGCCCGAGCAUGUCAUCCUUGCCACAGCAGUGGUAAGAGUUCGGGACAGAUUUGGCCAAGUUCACUUAGCAAGAGUGUUGUUGGAUUCGGGUUCACAGGUCAAUUUCAUGACAGAAAGUCUAGCGCAAUUGCUAAGGUUGGCAAGGGUCAACCGUUGCCUGACAGUGACAUCUGUAGGCAAGUCAAGCUCGGUGUCGAGGAGUGAAGUCUCGACGACAAUAUACUCCAGGUUAAAUAACCAUAGUUUCGUAGCAGAUUUCUGAGUUCUUAGCAGCAUUACCAAUCAGCAGCCUGACAGAAGUCUGCCCAUUAAGCAGUGGAAAAUUCCUGCGAAUGUGGAGCUGGCAGAUCCAGCAUUCCAUCGACCUCAAAGGGUAGAUAUGCUGAUUGGAGCAGACUCGUUCUUCGAUCUGUUGUGCACAGGCCAAAUAAAACUGGGUGAAGGGGCACCAUUGUUGCAAAAGACCCUUUUAGGUUGUGUAGCUUCAGGUCGGUGUAGCAAGCUUCUGACUGGACCUACUCACCGGAAGAAGACUCUCUGUCUCAAAUGGUCGAAAGACUGUGGGAGAUAGAUGCAACGCCAGAAGAAAAACAUGCUCAAACAAAUUCGGCAGAGCAGCUGGCAUGCGAAGAGUUUUUCAAAGCCAAUGUCUGCAAUUUACCGACCGGAAGGUUUCAAAUACCGUUGCCUUUUAAGACAGACCCAGUAUCGUUGGGGUCGUCCUUCGAGGUCGCAAAACGUCGUUUCUUAUCGUUAGAGCGACGAACGUUAAGAGAGAGUGAGCUGAGAGACAUGUAUCUCAGUUUCAUGAAAGAAUAUAUCGAGCUCGGCCAUAUGUCUCCGACAGACAACGCGAUUCCGCCAGGACCACAUUAUUUUAUACCACACCAGUGCGUCCUGAGGCCUGAUAGCAGUUCCACCAAGCUUCGUGUCGUUUUUGACGCGUCGAGCAAGACCACAACUGGGUGGUCAUUAAACGAUUUACUUAUGGUGGGACCUACUAUUCAGAGGGAAUUAUUUUUAUCACUCGUUCGAUUUCGGGUGAAUCGGUAUGCUUUAACGGCAGACGUUUCGAAAAUGUAUAGGCAAGUGGAUGUGGCCGUAGAAGACCGAAAUUUCCAACUCAUCGUGUGGCGAGAACAUCCCACCGAUCAAUUGCAAAUUUUUCGGUUGAACACAGUUACCUAUGGUACUUCCGCAGCACCUUUCCUUGCCAUUCGUUGUUUGCACGAGCUCGGUGUACGCAACAGAGACACCCACAAGAAGGGUUCUGAGGUGAUCUGCAGUGAUUUUUAUGUAGACGACAUGCUGACAGGAGCCGAUGACGUAGACACGCUGAAGUCGAUUUGCGAUCAGGUGUCUGAGAUUCUUGGCUCCGGAGGGUUUCAGCUUUCGAAAUGGUUUUCGAACCAUCCAGAACUAAUGGAUGGAAACAAUGAGGAGAAAUCCCUAUCAUUCAAUGAUGCCGAUUCGACCAAAACAUUGGGGAUGAGGUGGAGUCCAAGAACAGAUACGUUCCGGUAUCACUUGGAAGAUAGCUUCACAAACUUGAAUCCGACUAAGCGCACCAUUCUGUCAAUUAGUGCUCGACUGUUUGAUCCGCUUGGGCUACUUAGUCCAAUCAGCAUAACAGCGAAAAUAUUCCUCCAGAAGCUGUGGCAGCUUCAGCUGGAUUGGGAUGAAGCCAAUCCAAUGUUACUGCAUACAAGCUGGGAGAGGCUAAAGCUAAACUUGUGUGGUCUUGACAAAAUAGCCGUGCCUCGCUUCAUCGCAAGACGUGGCGUUCCGCUGAGGAUGUAUUCCGACAACGGGACAAAUUUCGUCGGAGCCCGGAACGAGCUGCAGAGGCUUCAGGAAGCGUUCGAGGAGCAGCAGUCCAGCCUGAGGACGUUCGCGGAGGAGCAAGGGAUGGAGUGGAAGUUCAUCCCCCCGCGAGCACCGCACUUCGGCGGUUUAUGGGAGGCGGCCGUUAAGUCGGCAAAGCUCCUGAUCGUGCGGCAGGUCGCGGACGCCGCGCUCACCGAGAGCGAGCCCCUUCGUUCGCUGCCGCAAGGGUGCGAGCCAGACGGACGGAGCAGCGGUACCACCUUUACCAAGAGGUGGCAACUACUCUCCGAGCUCAAACGACGGUUCUGGCAGGCUUGGUCGAAGGACUACGUCCACAACCUGCAGGGACGCAGCAAAUGGCAAACCCCAGAGGCCAACAUUGAGGUCGGCGCCAUGGUGGUGGUCCACAACGACCAUACGCCGCCGCAGCAGUGGAUCACCGGCAGGGUCACCAGCGUCGUCGUGGGAGCAGACGGCAAGGUCAGGGUGGCAGAGGUGCGAACAGGAGGGGGCGUGAUUAGACGCCCAAUCCAUAAGCUGGCACUUUUGCCGAUACGUUGA